UUACUUUAGCCAGUUUCAGUUAGAUAACGAGCUUAACGUUCGCUAGUUAGCUAGCUAGCCAACUAGAACAACCACGAACCAAUACCGAAAGCUGCUUGUAUUUGCUGUGCUGCUAGUAAGCUAGCUAGCUAGGCAACUACUGCAUCAUUCGCUAAAUUACAUAAGAAUAAUACAUACAGGGAAUUCAUCUUGAAAUGCAUGUACUGCGAAAUGACUAAGUUACCCAUGGCUGGCUAAUUUAGAAAUCCUAAUAACUCCGUGUUAUUUGAAAGGGUCCAAGAAAAGUCAUCAUUGCUGUUUCAGCUGCUGAUUUCACUAUACUAGCUAGGCUAUACGGAUAAAUAAAAUGGCUAGCGACGAAGGUUGGUGGGGGGGCUGGUUGCAGCAAAGUUUCCAGGCUGUCAAAGAUAAGUCGGCAGAAGCUUAUGAGUUUAUAAAACGUGACCUGACCGAGUUCUCCAGCGUAGUGCAACAGGACACGGCAUGCAGCAUCGCUGCCACAGCCACCGCUGUGAGGGGCAGGCUAGCAGUGGAAAGAUCCUCAGAGGCAACAGAUAAAGUGAAGAAAAGUCUUUCCAAUAUUUUGGGGGUGAUAACAGACACCUUGGUCCCCCCACCAGACAAAACCAUCGACUGUAAUGUCAUUACACUGGUGGCAACCCCAGCGGGGACCACUGAGGUGUAUGACAGCGUCAAAGCCCGUCUCUACAGCCUGCAAGCUGACCCUGCCACUUACUGCAGUGAACCGGAUGGUCCUCCAGAGCAGUUUGAGGCCUGGUUUUGCAGCUUCAGUCUGGAGGAGAAGAAAGGGGAGAUCUCUGAACUAUUGGUCAGCAGCCCCUCUAUACGUGCCCUCUACACCAAAAUGGUCCCUGUAGCAGUUUCUCACUCUGAAUUCUGGCAACGGUACUUUUACAGAGUCUUUCAGCUGGAUCAGGAGGAGGAGAGGAGACUGGCGCUGAAACGGAGAGCGGAGAAAAGCACUGACUCAGAGGGGCUGGACUGGGAGGAAGAGGAAGAUGAGUUCAUGGUGGCCACGUUCACAUCUCGCUCGCACCUGAAGUCCCAGGAGGAGUCCUGCUUCACUUCGCUCUGCGCUUCCCCCGCCCCGCCGGUUCUGACCCUGCCCGCCGGACCGCCGGACGCUGGGCCCCUGACCGGGUCCGAGACGCUUGGGCUGGAGCAGGUUGGCGCUGACGAGGAGCUGGCCCUGAGGCUCACAGAGGCCAGCGCUGAGGACCCCGGACCGGACCGGGGCCCCUCGCUGCUGGGGACGGGCCGGGUCGCUGCGACGGGGGAGUCCAGCUACGCUGAGGUCGAGCUGGAACCCGCUACCAAGACCGCAGAGACUCUGAGAGGGGACGGGUCACAUGACCUGAGGGUUUAUGAGCUCCACUCUGACAGCGGGAAGUCCAGCCCCUCUAUCAGCGACAAGGAAGGCUGGAGUACAGAUGUCAGCGAGGACUGGGAGAAGGACUUCGACCUGGACAUGACCGAAGAGGAGGUUAAAUUAGCGCUGGCGAUGAACACGGAUGGAGAGCUGGAUGAUGAAGACUGGGAGAACUGGGACUGAGGAGCAUGGCAUCUCCCCCAGAUGAACCAGGCCGUGUGUGUAACUCCCGGUUCCAGCAUCGCUUUGCCACGUGCAGAAAAGCGUGGGAUGUCGGAAUCAUUUGGGCUAUUUCUCACAAACCCCGGCUAAAUGUCACCUACCCCAAAAACCAGAGGGAAUGACUUAGGCCCGCUGCUGGGCUGGAGGAAGAGGCGCUAAGCUGUCGUCCUUCUUCUGCUUUAGGCGCUAGUAAUUGUUGUCAUGGUGAUAGCGGGGCCAGCACACAACGUUGAGUCUGCUGGGCUGCGUUUCCGUUGGAGAGCGGAGGUGAACUUCGGCAAAGAGCUCAGAAAUGAUGGUAAUUGUCAAGCGUAAAUGUUGCUUCUCCUUAAAAAUGUCCUUCAGAAGAAACAUACUCGUGUGAAACGUCUGUGUGUGGGUGGCUGGUAAUCCCAGGAGGAGAUGCUGAAGAUGUGUACACGGAUAAGCUUUUUGGCCUGUUGAAAUAUUGAAAUGAAAGUAAAUAUGUUUAAAAUGAUAUUAUAUGCAGGUAAUGUCCUACAGCGUGGCAUUUCCAUUAGUGUCCUUGACUUUGGGGUGGUUGCAGUGUUCAUUAAAUGCUUCUAUAGUACAAAAAAAAAAUGCAAUAUGCUGUCUGAUUCAGUCUUGACAAAGGGAAGUAAUUAAAAUGAAAAGUACUGGCAAGCCCAUUAUGCUUAAUUGGAGGUAACACUCUUGUCAGCACUUCAGAUAUGCUGUAUCAUGAUUUUAAUAACUUUAUAAAAAUGUGUUCAGUAGUGUCGUGCAACCUUUCACAAUUAAAAAGCUUGGUAACAUGACAACAGUAUAUUUUUCCAAGACUUUAAGAUUAACUGUAUUGGCUCUGGAUAAUAUACUGUAUCUGUGUAGCUGUCAUGGUACUGCUUCUGACAGGAGCUUAUUGAGUGCGUUGGCCCAUUGUUGAUGGAUAUUAAAGUGCAAAUUUGUUCUCCAAAGAGGUGGAUUUUUGAUUGCAGAAUUUUUUCGCAUUGCAUAUUCACUAAGUGUGAAUAUGGAAAUUUGGGUUUAAUGGAAAUAUAGCCAUUUAAACUCUCACUUAGGAAUUCUGCUCUUAAAUCUAAAUUUCUAAAUCUGUAAAGGAAAUAAUAUUUGGUAUAUAAAUUGUUGGUCCAUGGAUAACUUUUUUUGUCCUUGAAUUAUUGUUGAGUAUAUUGUUUAAAUUUAUUAAAAUCGCAAUGCAACUUAUGUGGUUAAUUCAUUAUUCAUGAUAUAAUAUACCCCCAUUACUAUCCCUGAGAACUAAAGCUGCAGUCUAAAUUUCAAUGUAUUGAGGAAUGAUAUAUCAGGAAGUUUUAUUUGUAACAAUAUGCAUCUUUAUCAACAAUAUUGUCUUCUGUUGGUUGAAAUAACAUUGUUUUGUCCUGUGUAAUAAUAAUCUGCUAUAUGUCCAUAACUUGUAGCAUAAUAAUGUAUGGACUAGCAUGUUAUUAUGGGAUGUAAUUAUACUGGAUAGAGUCCAGUCAAAGGGCACAUCACACUGCUCCAUGUUGUAAUUUUAUUUUUGUAACAUUGUACUGGCAUACAUAAAGAGGAUGUACUGUUCAGACAACUGAGUGAUGCCUAGACAAAAUGGCAUGUGACAUUCCUGGCAUUUACUGCUCCAUUCUUUCAGGGUGAUUUCAGUGACCUUAAUAUGGAAAAUAUAUUACCUCAGAAAGGGUUCUGUUUUAAUUUGGAGUAAUAUGGAAAUAUUUGUUCUUGUUUUAACAUGGAAAAGGUAAUGUUGACAGUGAUGCUAUAUUGGCACCUGUACUAUCAAUGCUUGGAGGUCAAUUAAAAACCAACUGCUAACUAGGUUGUGAUAAGGUUGUGUAUUGUUUUGUUACCUGGUUUGGCCUUAACAGGUUGUGCUAAAUUAUUAUUGUUGGUUACUGCCUUCUCACAAUUUCAGUCACUAUUGCAAUGCACAGCCAGCAGGACAGUCCUGUUGAAUGAUUUUGUCUGUCUGAUUUUGUGUCCAUUUUGAAAUAACCAUAGAUUGAGACAAUGCUGUGUGGGGGGUCAUAGAGUCUGACUGCUGUGGUGCGUUUCCUUUUACUGUUAUUCAUGGUUUGAGCAAAUUGUACAAUUUCAUUUUAUUCAUACUGUAUGUUUCAUUAUGAGAUUAGCGUCACUAAAAAUAUAGUAUAAAUAAUAUAAUAAAAUGUCAUAAAAUGUCAUAUAAUAAAUGUGACUAAAACCACUCCCAGUUGAAUGCAUUCAGUAGAAUUUUUAAAGGGCUGCUUGAUUCUUACUGUUAUUAUUUAUAUAGCAUUUUAGUGCUUGAAGGUAAUUGCAUGGGAUACCUGUAUGUUUCUCUGUUGUUUUGAGGUUUUUUGCUACUAGCUAGUACAGCAUCAGUGAUAGUUUAAGGUGGUUGUGUGUCACGUGCAUGUCUUGUGUUGUGUGUGUAUUAAAGUAUGUAUAUGUAUGUCCACUUGCAUAAUGCACUUUUAACACUAAGAGGCUUAAAGCUGUCAAUUUUAUAAGUAUCUCUCUAUUUUCCUAAUGAUCAUUAAAACCAAAUCCAUACA